AUGUCAAAUACGGGCUCAUCAACGAAGAAGAAAGAAGAAGUAAGCAGAUUAGUCGAAACUUCUUAUCUGACACCUUAUCAAAAAGGCAAAGAUGCUUAUGCAGAAAAAAGACAAAAAUUAAUCAAAUUGAUGGAAAGUAGAGGAUGCAUUCCAGAAAGUAUGACGGAAGAAAAUAUUGGAUUUUAUCACCUAGACGUUUUUGGUCAUGUUAGCGGUCCAAGCUUGUCCACUCUCAUUCAUGGAGCUUUGGAUAGGCAAGGUUCUUGGGGCUACGAAAGAGUUCUUGGUAUUCGUGAUGCCCAAGGUUUAUGUACAGGUCGUGGACCAAUAACCGUUUUGCCUCGUAAAGUGACUCAAACAUAUCGUAUUCCUGUCACUUGGCCUGAUGCUGUCUUGAUUGGAGUUCGACCUAUCGCCUUUGAUGAGAAGACGGGACAAUUUGGAAACGAUUUCGAACUAUUCAGUCUAAAAACGGGUCAAUUAUGCUACAGACAUACCAUAAUUCAAUCUUUGAUCGAUGUAACAAAAGGAGGUAGAGCGGUGCAUAUAAACAAACUUGCGGAAGGGGACGAAAAAUGGAAACAUUGGAGAGAAUGGUGGAAUGGCCAUGCGACAAAUUCACAAAAAUUACUUGCAGAAGCAGAGGCUCAAAAGAGCAACAGCAAGCGAUCAGCAGAAAUCGAAAAGCAGAAGGACCUAUCUAAAACAAGACACGCCAAGCUCUAA